AUGCGCUGCUGUCGCCUUAUCUUGCUGCUCCUCAUGUUGUUGUUCACCGGGUGCAUCGUCGCCGCGAUACUCCUCCCGAUAUACCGUAAAGAUUCGAAUGAAACCGUCCUUACGAAGUACAGAGUGUUCUUCUGGUUCAACGAGUCGAUCAACGUCUCCGGGACUCCGCCGUCGACCUUGAUAUUGCGCACCUACAGUUUUGCUAUCCUCUGCCAGAAGGCUAGGAUCUUCUUCAUUGUGAUGGCGAUCCUCUCCGUUGUGGCCGCCGCAAUCGCCGGUGUCGCAUGCCUCACGCUCGCCUGCUGGACGAUGGCCGGAUACAACAUCAGCCUCGGCGUCACCAGCCUCCUGCUGACCAUUUUCGCCAUGUUGUUCUCAGUGGUGGUGUUGGCCGCGGCAGUGUUCGUCUUCAAAACGGACUUCUGCGUGAGUGAAGGCAUGGCCUACCUGCAGGCCCCGCGGACGAAUGGCUACCGUCUUGGGGAGGGCUUCUUCCUCCUGUGCAUCGCCGUUGGCGGCUUCCUUUUACUGGUCGUCAUGCAGGCGCUUUGCCUCUGCUGUGACUGCCGAUCGAGGCCGGUGCGCAGUGGGCGGGCAUGCGACACAAAGAACGACACCAGCAAUCUCCAGAAUGGCGGCCCGUAUCCAUGA